AAACUCUAUUAUUCUAUGGCGUUAUUUAUGGUUCUAGUUCUUUGUUUUUGCUUAGCAUGUAGCAAUGUUGACGCAAGAACUGAAAUUCUGUUAACUAAGAAACAUGAUUUUUCUUAUUCAGAUAAAUGGAUGGUGGAUGUUGAUUUUGAUUGUGUUGAUAUCUACAAGCAACCUUCACUACAACAUCCUUUAUUAAAAAAUCACAAAAUUCAGCUUUACCCGACAUUUGCCAGAAACGUUGUGCCAACAAAUUCAUCUUAUGAUGGUAAAACCUUUGAAGAAUGUCCAACAGGAAAAGUUCCUUUUUACAAUACAACAAAAAAACAUGAGAUGGAAGCUUUUCAGCAAAAUUCUCCUGAAUAUCAUUCAACUACCCUCGAUACAACUCAAACUAUGACAUUUCAUGGAGGACAUGCAUGUAUUAGUGAAUAUAAUUUAACACUUCAAGGAAAACAAUAUAGCAUAUCUGGAAUUUGGGUUCAAAAUGGUCCACCAUCUGAUCUAAAUAGCAUAUUUGUCGGACUUGGGGUUAAUCCAGGCUUAUACGGAGAUAGUAAACUUCACAUAACCGCACGUUGGACGGCGGGUAGAUCUGGAUGUUAUAAUAUUGAUUGCCCUGGUUUCGUGCAAGUUGGUAGUGAAAAAGUACUUGGAAGUGUCCAAUCAGAUGUGUCUACUAUUGGGGCAUUAAACAAAAGGCUUCUUGUUACCACAAUCAAACAGGAUAAAUCCACGGGUCAUUGGUGGUUAUGUUUUCAUUAUAAACCAGAAUGUGUUGGAUAUUGGCCAAAAGAAUUAUUCUCUCACUUAAGUUCAGGAGCAUCUAUAAUUAGAUUUGGCGGUGAAACUUAUAGUCCGACUGGAAAGGAUAGUCCUCCAAUGGGUAGUGGAAGAUUGCCACAAGAAAAAUACAGAAACUCGGGUUUUAUGUUAAGAAUUGAGAUUAUUAAUUCAGAAUAUAAUGAAAUUGACGUACAUCCUGAAAAUAUGAAAAUAAAUAAAGGGGGUAAUUUAAAUUGUUAUGACUUGUUAUAUCGUGGUGAUGAAGGACCCGAUAUUCAUCAAUCUUUUUUGUAUGGUGGGCCAGGUGGAAAGUCGUGUUAAUUAUUCUAUCGUAAAAUAAGGUUAUUCAAAGUCUUUAUAAAACUUUUAAAUAAAGUUAAUGAUUUCUCUCUUGUGUCUUA